AUGAACUGUGGUCCAAACGCGAAUUCUUCUUCUUCUUCUUCCUUCUUUCUAAUACCACAUCAUCAACAACAACAAGUCAAAUUUCAACAACAAUGUGAUAGCUCUUCUCAACAAGUCGAACUACAACCAGACAUUACCCUUCAGCAUCACAACAUUCAUUCCUUUGAUCAUUUAGAAGUUCCUCCACAGGUGCAAUCACCACAAUAUUUACAAGUGACAAACGUCAAACCAUCCAAUGAUCUGCGAUUAUCAGCAGAAAGGAAGAACAUUUCCAACCAAAAACACACCAUCACCACCACAACACAUCGAAAGACAUCUCGAAUGAUCAUUUGGACUCCAAGUACCUCAUCAUCAUCAGCGACUAAUACAUCCAUCAUCACCACCAAGAAUGCAACAUUGACAAGAAAUCAAACAACAUCAUCGUCAUCCAAUCAAACUCAUCAUUCACCGAGAUUGAAAGUGAAUUAUCAGGAAAUGUCGAAAUAUUUCCAUGCUCCACAAAUUGUGGCUGCUCGAAUGCUUGGAGUGAGUGUUUCCACUUUGAAAAGAAGAUAUAAGGAAGUGAGUAAGGGAGAACGAUGGCCUUAUUCGAAGAUGUCCUUACAUGAAAAAAAGAAGAGUUUAUGGUUUUACAUCAAUGAUCAAGAUGAAGAUGAAAAUGCUCUCUCUCAAGAAUGUCUUCUCGUACUUCAGAGAGCAUUCACGAAUUGCACUCUCCCGAACAAGUUUUACUUUUCCGAUUUGUCAUCCUUUCACACCAAUGCCAACAACAACAAUUGGAAAUCUCUUGCGUCGAUGAAUGUUCCAUCGAAAAGUAUCGAAAAGUAA